AUGGUUAAUAUCGCAGGUUUCAUAGACCAUCUGAAGAAUCCAGACCAGGAUUUGCGAUUCAUGGCCUUGAAUGAUCUUUCCAAGGGCAAUCCCAAGGAUAUGAACAAUCAGAGACUACUGUCAAUCUUGGUCGAUCUGUUACACGAUCCCAGUGCUGAUGUCCAAUUGAAAGCCGUCAACUGCCUAGAAAAAGUAGCGCCAGAAUUGUCUUCCUCCAACUAUCACACGCUCAUUCAAAGAUUAAGUUCUCAAUUACCAACAGACGUCUCAAUCACAUCCACAAUCUAUACUAUAGCAUACCAUGUUGUUCUUGACAAGUUUUCUCUGGAGGAAUUUGGAGACCAGGGCAAAGAUCUGGUUAAUCAAUUGCUCCCAGCUCUACUGAACUACAGCGAGAUCACCACCAAGAUUGAUUACAUUGAGAGGCUGACGGAUCUGAUAAAAAACCUCGGAUAUGCUCUGGAGGAUGCCCAAAUAGCACGUAUUGCUGAAAUAUUGGUGGAUGUGGCACUUGGUGCCGACAAGAUCAUAAGCAACAGAAGCAUCUCAGCAUUGGGUUAUCUGGUGAGAUGUUCCAAUCAGAAUAUGAAGCUGGAUAUAUUUGGCCUUAUACUUGUGAAGGCGACCGAGCCUGGAAGUUAUUGCGCAAAGGGAAGGUUUGGUCUUGAAAUGGUUAUUCGAUGCCUCAAGACUGAUGCAAAUUCUUUUGCUGAUAACUUUGACGAGAUCUGGGAAUUUUCCAAUUUGUUUCUGGAUUUAGACAAUUUAUCCGAGGUCUCUGAUGAUUUCGAUGCUCAACAAGACUUAGAAGAGCUGAGAUAUGAUGCCUUGAGGUGCUUGACUACUCUCUUCUCCGAGGGUGACAGGAGCAAGACCGCAGUGUAUAUCCUUCCCAGUCUGGAGAUUUGCUCCCGUCUGCUGGUUUAUUCGCCAUAUUCCACGGAAGAUGAUGAGGAUUUAGAAUCUGAAGACGAUCUUGAGUCGGACUUGGACAACGAUAUGACGGAUGAUGAGUUCGAUGAUGGUGAAGGUGAGGGUCUUUCUUGGAGAGUUAGGAAAAGUGCUGCUGCAUUAGUUGCUGCAAUAGUUGAAGUUUCGCCUUUGGAGAUUCCUGUUGUUUAUCAAACUACGUUUGAGAGCUUACUGAAAGCUACAACGGAUACAAAUUCGGCGGUGUCCACAGAGUCCAUUAUUGCUCUGACGAAAUUGUUGAAGGCAACUUCCAAAGACGGACCUUACUAUUCGCUCAGGUUCUACAAGACCAUUGGCCAGAGAAGAGGAUCCGACGUCAGUAUGAUUAGCACCAACGACCCGUUGCAUUUUCUAUUGGAGAAAUCACGUUUGAUUUGUGAAACUCUAUGUUCUAAGGUGAUCACAGACAAAAAUAGUUCCAAGCUGGAUCUCUUUUAUCAGCUCAUUGCCACAUUGAGUGAUUGUGUUGAUGAUCUCGAGGAUUAUCUGUCUGAUCUUCUUGAAAAGCUUGAAGAAAUCAAGAAGUCUGAUGCUGUUUCUACAGAACUGCUUAGGUUCUACGCAUCAAUAUUCACCAAGAACUCGCUAAAGAGCGCCGGACCAACAGUGCACAAAGCCCUAAAGCAUCUGGUUUCUUCGUUGAGCUCUUUCAACAAUGAAUUAGCAAUGGAAGGUAUUAGUGCUGUUAACAGAAUAAUAGCCACAUUGGUUGUCCGCAAGACGACUGAUAUUUCAGAAUACGGAGAAGUGGUGGAUAUGACCAGGACCUUUCUCACUAUCCUUCACAACAAAAACCAGUCAGCUGAACUCCGCCAGGCAUGUCUGUCGACUCUGGUAUUGGUUAUCACUCACUUUUCUUUGGAUGAAGAGAUUCUGAAAGAGGCUUUAAGUGAGGUGACCGAAUCGCUAAAGUACGAAAUGUUGGUAUCAACUGAUUUGACCUGCAUCAGGACUAUUGCCUCGAAGUCUACCCAAACGAUCCCGCCAUACUGGUUUGAAUCGAUAAUAUGUCCUUUGGUGGAUUUGUUGAAAGAUCCAAACUUCAUUCUUCCAACUCUUGAAGCCAUUCUUGCAGUUACGAAAUAUCACGCCGACGUCCUGUCUUCUGAUAUUCUGAAUAAAGUACUUUUGGGAGUGUCUCAGACAGAUCAAGAUGGUGAUAAGCAAACAAUAGUGAUCUUUAAUGUUUACUCCUUCGUUCUGAAUGUACUACCAGUGCAAGACGAGUUUGCUAAGGAGAUUUUGUCACAGAUAGUGACCAGCGCUUGUUCUCACAAAGACAUCGAUGCUGAUGUUUACAUACGUGUUGCUACAGAGAUAGCAAUCAAAAAAGGCGGUCACAAAGAAGUUUUUGAUUACAUCGUUGCUUCUGGAAAGACUGCUGACCAAUCCGUGGCCAAGAUUCUGGCCGGUAUUGCCUUACACGGAGGCAUGAAUAACACUGUUUCCAACGCUAUGGAGGCUUUGAUUAACGGAGAGGACUUGGUGUCUAAUAUAUCGUUUUUGGGACAAGCGUUCUGCUAUGCACCAGUUGAAUGUGAUAUUGCUCCAUUUCUAAAGGCCUUGCAAAGCAAGGGAGAUAUUUACGAAGCUGCUACGGUAGCCCUCGCAAACCUAUUGAUUUCCAACUCAGCCUUAUACUUGCCUCUUUUGUUGCAGCAGCUUGAGAAGCCCUCUGAUAUUCGAGCUGGAGUAUUGAAUGCUCUUUCGAGGUCAUUGUCAAAAGAUCUUUCAGCCUCAGGCGAGGUGUGGAAGGCAAUUCUGUUGGCAGAGAAACAGAACUCCGUCGAUGAAAGUGAGUGCAUCGCAGCUGCUGAAUGUCUGGCAAAGAUUGCCGCUGGUGCUGAUGACGAGUUUCUGGUUAUUGAUCUGUCAAAGAUUGUCGAUUCAGAGGUCAUUUCCUUGAAGUACACAGGCGUUUACGCAGUCAAGUUUUUGCUAAUGGAUGGUACUUUGUUUGACAAGAAUCGCAGUGCAGCUUGUCGUUUGAUUGAGAAAGUCUCGAAUCUCAUUUUUGAUGAAAGCUUGAUGAUCAAACAGGUUGCUGUUUCAGCUCUCAUCACUGCCCUUCAUGAUAGUCCAGUCUUGACAUUGCCCACACUCACGAAGGUGAUUCCACAAAUCAUAGAGACGCAGUUGAAACCAGAAAAGAAGUUUAUGAAAGUCGUGCGCAUUGGUCCAUUCAAGCACAAUAUUGACGAUGGUCUCAGUUUCAGAAGGUCGCUUUAUGAACUAUUCCACACACUGGCAGAAGCCGUUGAAAACGAUAGCGUCCUUUUUGCUCUCACAUCCUCUAUCAACUACUUCGAAAUACUUGAGGCAUUUUUCAAGAGAGGUCUGAAGGACGAUCCUUCGGUGGUUCUGUUGUGCUUAACUACAAUUUUGAGGAUCCUUACACUCAAUCCCGCUCUGAUCUGGGAAGGCAACGUCUUGGAGUCGCUGAUUGAAACCUUCAACAAGAGACUUGGCAAAAAGAUGGGAGAUGGAGCAAGCAAUCAGGAGAUCGAGAAACACGAGGAUAUUACCAAUGUGGUUGUCAAAUAUUCUACGCUGGUAGACAAAGAAGUGAUCGGUUCAGCCUUUAGAGAGCUCAAGAUGGUCAAUGCUCAGAAGCUUGCUCUGUGGACAGAGUAUAUAAAUGCCGUCAGCCCUAAAGAGCACCGAUUUUGA